CGCUCAAGAGGAAGCACUCAGAGCAACUCGUGUGAGGCACGCCGUCUGAACUGGGAUGAAUCAAGGGACUAGGAUAGAUACAGCGAUAGCUGGGCUGAGGCUGAACAUUAGGCGUCGAGAAGCUUGAAGACGAGCAUACAGCACUGAAAGAAAUUAGUCUUUUUUUCAACAGCAGCAGAGGAUGGUAUAGGAGCAGCAACUUUGCAAUUAAUGCGCCAGCUUCGCCCACACUGAUUGUUACGGCUGCACGGUGGAACGCAACAGAGAGCACUAACAAAACCAGAAAACCGGUAAACUUUUGCUUUUAAUAAAGGAAGGAUGAACGAAGGAGCGAAAUCGAGCGAACACAUUUUCCCAGUUUUUCGGUCGCUGUGUGACAGGCAGACGGAAAAGUCGAUUGUUUCCGUAGAGCUCGGAUGUAAUCGUGCUGCAGAAUAACAGGGUUUCUGAGUAACACCUUAGAGUACAAUAAACAAAUAUAUCACUAGACUCUAACGACGCUUUGCACAUUUUAAAAAGGAUCGCUCAUAAACAUCUCUCUCAGAUGCGACAUGAGGAAAAACAUUGGCACUGGCUUUGUUUUUGUAUUGGAACGUAUGGAUGGUAAAGGAACUUAAAUUAUAGGGAGUUAUCCUGGACACAUGGAUGUACAACGUGAAAUGUUACUAUGGAUGUUACUGUUUCAAGCACGACAUGGCAAACGUCUUGCGUUUUUUUCUUUCAUUUUAGCUAGUGUUCUUGACUAAGUGUUUGUAUGUGAAAACGCAAAAUGGGUUUUGUAGACUAUUGGAGCCGUUCACAGUGGAGCGCGUCUUGAACAGUAUAGAAAAAAACAGUUUAAAUGGACCCUCGUAAUCGAUUGCUGGAGGUUUUGGCCAUGCACGGCGAACCACGUUCUUAAGAAACUUUGUUUUUGACGUGCUGCUGAUUUUACUUCUUGAAUAAGACAUUGAAUGAGGAGCACUGAUACUCUGCACCUGAGUGUCCUGUUCUCUCGCACAGCCGGAAAACUUGAGUUACACUGAAUUCAAAUGAGAGCGGAGCGGAAUUAAGUUUCCCACUAAUUGGAAAAUCGAAACAAUUCCGCAUGUGUAAUUAAACUGGCGACUACCCAUUAAGCAAUAUCAAUACCCUAUUAAAUUCCAGCUCCCCGGCUUUCGGCUAUCUAGGAGGACACCAAGCUUGCCGAAUGGAGUUGUCACUUCUGUUUUUAACCCUUGCUUGUCAAGUAUCGGUGUGGGCCGAAGAGAGGGUGAUAUCAGACAGACACACAGUUUAUUGGAACAGCUCGAAUCCCAGGUUCCGGCGUGGGGAUUACACCGUCGGGCUGAGCAUCAAUGACUACCUGGACAUCUACUGCCCGUACUAUGAGAGCCCCCAGCCCCAGGACCGCAUGGAGCGCUACAUCCUCUUCAUGGUCAACCACGAGGGUUACCGCACCUGCGACCCCAGGAUGAGGGGCCUCAAGCGCUGGGAGUGCAACCAGCCCCGCAGCUCCAGCGGGCCCCUCAGGUUCUCCGAGAAGUUCCAGCUCUUCACCCCCUUCUCGCUGGGGUUCGAGUUCCGCCCGGGCCACGAGUACUACUACAUCUCAUCCCCGCACGUUAACCACGCUGGGAGGCAGUGUUUGAAGCUGAAGGUGUACGUGAGACCCACCAAUGAGUCAGGGUACAAGUCUCCAGAGCCCUUUCUGACAGAUGACAGCUCGGACUGCAGUGUGGCCGCACCCUGCCUCUUGCUUGCGGUGGCCCUUGUGUUGACAAUGCUGUCCUCGUCCUAGCCCCCACCCCCACGCUGAUCACUGCCCCCGUCCCCGCCCCCUACAGCCUCACGCUCCUGCUUGCUGUUCCCUGUUUAACCACCCCCCCUACCCUAGAGCGGUUCUACACUGACAAAAGCCACAGCACACCACAAUGCUGCUGAUGCCAACAUUCCAGUGCGCCCAAGAUCAGUGAACUGCUCAGCACCACACAUGUAUUUACGUUCAGCAACCACCAGGGGGAAACCUGAUCCCCCCCGCCACAAAAGGAAGGCCUACUGUACCAGUUCUCCAUCUUCAGAUGGUUUAUGGAGUCUCCAGUGCAGCAGAUGUCUUGAGGAUUGUGACCACCUGUCCUGUUUCAGUGUAUUGAGAGAUCCUCAGCCAGCUCUUUCUCUUUCUCUCUCUUUCUCUCUCUCUCUCUCUCUCUCUCUCUCUCUACCACUCACAUGUACAGGAGGCAUUUUACUGUGAAUCUGCCAAAGACACUGAAUUACUUUCACUCCAUUUAAUGUGUGCACGGAGGUGGAAGAGGACAUGGGUCGUGUUUUUGGGCCAUUAUCAUAUGCAGCCGGGGAACUCUGUGGACGUUUCGGAUCACUGAAAUGGGGAUUACGGAACAGA